UGGCCUCAGUGUGUUUUGGACCAUGGUUAGUUAUAUCAAAUCAGGAUCCAACAAUGGUUUCGGGUCCUUACUUAUUCUGAAACUGUAUUUUAAACAAAGCAUAACUUAAAAUUGGGAGCAGACAAGGCAGAAGUGGGGGUGGAGUGGACUAUGCCUUGCUGCAGCUUAUUGAUAGUGGGAAACUGGUUUCUCAUUAUGUUUGAAUUAAGCGUCUAAUACAUACAUGUCCCUUUGUCAUCCAAGAGAAGCUGGAGGUCACUGCUGGAGCACAUGCUUUCCAUGCAGAAGCUGCUAGUGCCAACCUCCUAAUUCUGCCUGAAGAUGCUGCUCUGACUCCUGCCUGCAAUUCUGGGAAGCCACUGACAGUCAGUGUCAGUAUUAAUACUGGGCUAGCUGGACUAGUGGUCUGACACAGUAUAGGACAGCUUUUAAAGAGCCUCCUCCUACAAGCGUGCGUUCAGAAAAAGGAAAGUUGCUUUGAGUGGACAAUGAUUAGAGAUACAAUGAAGGCCUGGAGUGACGGUCAGUCAGACCUUUACAGCAGUGACCUAGAAGAGGAGGAAGAAAUGAUUUUUGGAGAAAAUGAGGAAGAUUUGGAAGAGAUGAUGGAUUUAAGUGACCUGCCUACCUCCCUCUUUGCUUGUAGUGUUCAUGAAGCAGUGUUUGAAAUUCCAGAGCAAAAGGAAAGAUUUGAAGCACUCUUCUCAGCCUAUGAUGAUCAUGUUACAUUCCAGCUAUUUAAAAGCUUUAGAAGAGUAAGAAUAAAUUUCAGCAAUUCAGAAGCAGCAGCAAGAGCACGAAUAGAACUGCAUGAGACAGCCUUUAAUGGGAAAAAGCUGAAGUUGUAUUUUGCCCAGGUCCAGAUGCCUAGUGAAGCAGGAGACAAAUCUUACCUCUUGCCCCCACAACCUGUCAAACAAUUCCUGAUAUCUCCACCUGCAUCCCCUCCAGUAGGAUGGAAGCCAAGUGAAGAUGCCACUCCCAUGAUAAACUAUGACUUACUCUGUGCUGUUUCAAAAUUGGGGCCUGGGGAAAAAUACGAGCUACACGCAGGAACAGAGUCCACUCCCAGUGUUGUUGUCCAUGUCUGUGAAAGUGAAACAGAAGAGGAAGAUGAAAUGAAAAAUCCCAGACAGAAGAUUGUGCAGACCAAGCGUCCGGAUCCACCACCCACAUUGUUAAAUGAGACUAAAGCACUUGAAUGUACGCUAGAGGUAGGGGGUGGGAUGCACUACUGAUCUGAGACUAUUUAAUAACGGCAGUGGAUGGUGGUUACGUUUGCAUUGCUGCUUUUCAUAUAGCAGCAACAGACUUCUCUUGUAGUCGUCUCGUGUCAAGACGAUUUUAGAUGCCAACAUUUUGAAGAGCACUUUAAUUUUUAAGGUUAACUUCCAAGAUGUAGCAAAUCCACUGGGUUUCAAGUCCUAGAGUACUAGAAGAGUGCCAUUUCUGAAAUCUGUGUUACCAUUUUCUUGAUGUUCAGAAGGCUGAAAGGAACUUGACUGCUCCCAUCUCUCUAGGGAUUACCACAUGGUUUUGUAUGUGAGUCUUUCAUGUAUAUUUUGUGUGAUGAUGUAUAACAUGAUGUUCUGAAUAAUAUAUUGAUGAAAAAUAAAUGUAAUGUACAAUGUACAUUGUUAUCAGUAGAAGAAUCUCAAACUGGUUUGGGGUGAAAAGAACCAAAUUUCUGGACAGUCUUGUUUUGUGGCUUUUGUUUCCCCUUAGAAAUGCCAUAGUUGUAUCUGUUGACUUUCAGAGUAUUCUUGUGAAUUGGUGUGAGGCAAAAACC